AUGGCCUACGGGGUUCACCAGCCCACCCCAAGCCUCGUGGGCCGGGCACGGGGUGAUGGGUGUCCAACCUCAGUGUGGGAUGACUGGUGGGGUCCCACGUGGUGUGUGAGGGUCGGGGUCAGUGCAGGCGCCGUCAAGGGUGGACGGCAGUACCCGGGGAUCUCCUGUUGGCGGAGAAAGCCCGGCAAGACGCUGCCAGGAGGGUCUUCCCCCGGGGAGGACUCAGGAUGGGGACCCAGGGAGGCCAGCGGGGCGGUCCCCAGCCUGGCCCUGGAGGCGGGGGCGGUCCCAAGCUCCCCUCAGUCCCGCCUCCAGGCUGGGGGGCCUGGGCCGGGCGACGUGGCGGUGGCGCUGGGUGGGGAGAGGGCGGGACGCGGCCCAAAGCGGCCGGAAAGUUUGUUGCGCGGCGGCGGCGGCGCCGGGGACUUGGGUCCCGGGGUCACGCGCGCGGCCCCCAGCGUCCCCAGCUCGCCCGCCGAGUCCCGAUCGCCAUGGCGCACAGAUGCCAGGAUCCCCCAGGCCGCCAGGGAGCCAGAGGCAGUGACGGAAGAUGAGCCCGCCACGCGGGACAGAGCCCACCAGGCAGGACAGAGCCCGCCACAGGACAGACCCGCGCCCCGCGGCAGCCGGGCUCCUAUCCGCCGGGCCCCGCCUGCGCUGCCCCUGUGUGCCUCUGUGUCCUUGCUGGGUGGCCUGACCUUUGGCUAUGAGCUGGCGGUCAUAUCGGGUGCGCUGCUGCCCCUGCAGCUUGACUUUGGGCUGAGCUGCUCAGAGCAGGAGCUCCUGGUGGGCAGCCUGCUGCUGGGCGCUCUGCUGGCCUCCCUGGUGGGGGGCCUCCCCAUUGACCGCUGCGGCAGGAAACGAGCCAUCCUGGGGAGCAACCUGGUGCUGCUGGCCGGCAGCCUGAGCCUGGGCCUGGCGCGCUCCCUGCCCUGGCUGGUGCUGGGCCGCUCGGCCGCCGGCUUUGCCAUCUCGCUGUCCUCCAUGGCCUGCUGCAUCUACGUGUCAGAGCUGGUGGGGCCGCGGCAGAGGGGAGUGCUGGUGGCCCUCUACGAGGUGGGCAUCACCGUGGGCAUCCUGUUGUCUUACGCCCUCAACUAUGCCCUGGCCAGUGCGCCCCGGGGCUGGAGGCACAUGUUUGGCUGGGCCGUGGCGCCCGCUGUCCUGCAGAGCCUGGGCCUCCUCCUCCUCCCUGCUGCCGCUCACAGGGACCUCCUGCUGCUCCAGGGAGGUGAGGCCACCAAGCUGGGCCCCGAGAGGCCACGCUACACCUUCCUGGACCUCUUCAGGGCCCGGGACAACAUGCGAGGCCGGACCGCCGUGGGGCUGGGGCUGGUGCUCCUGCAGCAGCUCACAGGGCAGCCCAACGUGCUCUGCUACGCCUCCACCGUCUUCCGCUCGGUCGGCUUCCGCGGGGGGUCCUCAGCUGUGCUGGCCUCCGUGGGGCUCGGCGCCGUGAAGGUGGCGGCCACCUUGAUGGCCGUGGGGCUGGUGGACCGCGUGGGCCGCAGGGCCCUGCUGCUUGCCGGCUGUGCCCUCAUGGCCCUGUCGGUCAGUGGCCUGGGCCUUGUCAGCUUUGCUGUGCCCGUGGACUCUGGUCCAAGCUGCCUGGCCUUGCCCAAUGCCACCCGGCAAGCUGGCCUCCCUGGAGGCUCUGACCUGCUACAGGACUCAGCUCCACCUCCAAUGCCGAGAGCCGGCGGGGACCCACAGGAGCCCGCCUUGUCCGCCUCCAAGAAAGCCAAGACCCGUCCAGCAGGCAGAGAUGUCCGCACCCCUGCCCCGCCUGCCCUGAGCACCUCCUCCCCGGCGACCCCUGGUCCCGCCCCACAGCAGGCGGUGCUGCGCUGGGCCGCCCUGGUCUGCAUGAUGGCCUUUGUGAGCGCCUUCUCCUUCGGAUUUGGCCCAGUGACCUGGCUGGUCCUCAGCGAGAUCUACCCUGUGGAGGUCCGAGGGAGAGCCUUUGCCUUUUGCAACAGCUUCAACUGGGCCACCAACCUCCUCGUCAGCCUCUCCUUCCUCGAUCUCAUUGGUGCCAUUGGCCUGUCCUGGACCUUCCUGUUCUACGGACUGACGGCUGUCCUCGGCCUGGGCUUCAUCUACUUAGUUGUUCCUGAAACCAAAGGCCGGUCCUUGGCCGAGAUAGACCAACAGUUCCAGAAGAGUCGGCUCACCCUGUGCUUUGGCCACAGACAGAGCUUGGCUGGUGUCCAGUACAGCCGCCUGGAUGUCCCUGUGGCCUCCUGA